AUGGUCCGGAUUGUCAACCUGGGAAGCUCCUUCUCCGCCGGCCCUGGAAUUCCUCCUCAGGUCAACACCGCAGCAGGUCGUUCCGGCGCCAAUUUUGCACACCUACUGGCCAGACGCCUCAAUGCGGAUCUGACAGACUUGAGCGUAUCUGCCGCCACACUCCUGAACAUAAUAGACACACCACAAGUCGCCGGCGGUCAAACAUUUCAACCUCAAAUUCAAGGUGUUCCCGAGGAUGCCGAUAUUGUGCUCGUCCUCGGUGGAGGCAACGAUAUGUCGUAUGUGGGAGGUCUAUUCAUGGAACACACGUGGAUGAUGACAGCUUUUUCUUUGAUGAACCGUCUCAAGGGUGUUUCAUCACCAGAAAUGCCAUCUCCAGCCGACGAAGACGAAGUCAUCAGACGCUAUGGCAAAGUUCUGGAUGCCAUCCACGCCAAAGCGCCCAGAGUAAGAGUCAUGGUUGUCGAGUACCUGACACUAUUGGGACCAGACACGAAGCCCGGGAUUGACGUUCCCUUCGAUGCUGAGAGAUUGAAGCACCAUCAAGCAGUUGCAAAGAAGCUCCAGGGCGCCACUAGCAAAGUCGUCGAGUCCCGAUCAGAGUGGUGUGAGCUUAUACCCAUGGCCGAGCCGAGUAAAUACCAUGCAAUCGGUAGCGCAGAGCCAUGGGUGUUUGGAUGCACAGCAAUGGAACAGCUGACGGGAAAGACCUGGUAUCAUCCCAACGGCGAAGGAAUGAAGGCAGUUGCAGAUGUCCUCUACGAACACAUCAACAAGGACUAA